AUGGUUACAGAUGUAGAGACUGGCAAUGCUAACGCCGCAACCGAGGGCGAAGCGCCCGCCGCCAAGGCCUCCAAGCUGCCUCUUCUUGGGACAACGUCCAUCAUCGGUCUCUCCGACGUGACAGAGAACAAACUGAUCUGGCGGCAAGUGGUGGCGGAGCUGGUGGGGACAUUCCUGCUAACGUCCAUCGGUGUGGCAUCCUGCAUCGCCAUCACAGAAUCCAAAGCACCACAGGUGACAAGCAUCGCGCUCUGCUUCGGACUGUUGGUCGGCUCUAUAGUGCAGGCGAUCGCACACGUAUCCGGGGGACACAUAAACCCCGCCGUGACAUGCGGACUCUUCGUGUCUGGAGACAUCAAGCUACUGAAGGCGAUUUUCUACGUUGUGGCACAGUCGUUGGGCGCUGCGGCCGGGGCUGCUUUCAUAAGGUUGGCUGUACCUGAAAAAAGAGUGUUAUCCUUCGGUAUGACGCUGCCUGGGCAAGGCGUCACUGAAGGCCAGGCGCUGUUGGUGGAAGCUCUCAUCACGUUCGUGUUGGUGCUGGUAGUGGAGGGCGUUUGCGACGGACGCCGCACCGACCUCAAGGGCUCGGCGCCGCUCGCCAUCGGUCUCAGCAUCACCGCCUGCCAUGCCGCUUGUGUUCCUUUUUCCGGCUCGAGCAUGAACCCGGCGCGUUCAUUUGGACCCGCGCUUGUUAUGGGUGAUUGGACUGCACACUGGGUAUACUGGGUGGGCCCGAUCGUUGGCGGGGUCAGCGCUGGUCUCGUGUACAAGUACAUAUUACGCAUCGGUAAGAGCGGCGAGAGCGGCUCAUACGACUUCUAA